CUCACUGUUAAUGAAAACGCUGCUGCAGCUCAAACCAGUGCCAUCGUUUCUACGAUGUGGCUCCUGAUCAUCUUAGCAUGGUUGGCUUUAUGGGCAGGUGGCACUUACUGGUACCUUUUUGGGAAACCAAGUCCUUUCACCCUGGAAUCAGUGAGGCCACCUGGACCUCGUGAGUUUGAUCAGAAGAAGCGAGACAAAGUCAUUAAGCAAGGUUUCAGUCUGGAGAAGGUGCCCCAGAACCUGAAUGUCAUUGUCAUCGGUAGUGGUAUCGGUGGGCUGACAGCGGCAGCCACACUGGCCAAAGCUGGAAAGAAGGUCCUGGUACUGGAACAGCAUGACCAGGCAGGAGGCUGCUGCCACACGUACAUUGAGAAAGGCUUUGAGUUUGAUGUCGGGCUUCACUACAUUGGACAGCUCCAUGAAAACAGCCUGUUGCGUAUCGCCUUCGACCAGAUCUCCGAAGGCCAGCUGGAGUUCCAAGAACUAAAUCAACACUUUGAUACCAUCCAGAUUGGCCUGGGUGAGGAAAAGCGGGAGUACACCAUCUUCUCUGGAAAAACUGAGAUGAAAACACACCUCAUGAAGCAGUUCCCCAAUGACACACAGGCCAUUGAAGCAUUCUUCAAAAUCAUGAAGGUCUGUGCUAAGAAGACGCAUUAUCUGGCAAUGCUAAAGCUGAUUCCACAGUGGAUGUCUUUAUUCCUGCUUAAAUCAGGCAUUGCAAACCUGGUCUCCCCAGUCUUCCGCCUCUCUGGCACAUGUGCCACAGACUUUGUCAACAGCCUGACGAGCAACAAGGAUCUUCAAGUCAUCUUUUCUUACUUUUUCUAUGGUGUCCCUCCAAAAGACUCCAGCGUUCUGAUUAAUGCCCUUUUGAUCCAUCACUACAAACGAGGCGCCUACUACCCCUUAGGCGGUGCCAGUGAGAUCGCCUUCCACAUCAUUGGUACUAUUCAGAAGUACGGAGGUAACUGCCUGGUCAGAGCUCCUGUCUCCCAGAUCCUGGUCAGCGAGGAUGGAGUGGCCUAUGGUGUGAAAGUGAGGAAAGGUCAGAAGGAGGUGGAGGUCUGUGCACCUGUGAUUGUCUCCAACUGUGGCAUUUUUACCACCUUCCAGAAACUUCUCCCCCCUGAGGUUCGAGUCAAGCCAGACAUUCAGGAACGACUCAACAUGAUGAAACACGGCAGGGGCUCAUUCUUGGUCUUCUCUGGCUUUGAUGGAACAGAAGAGGAGUUAGACCUCGUGUCCACCAACGUUUGGCUGUUUAAAAACAACGACAUGGAUGAAUUUUUGGAGGAGUACUUUGCACUGAGCAAAGAAGAAGCACCUGAUAACAUUCCCAUGAUGUUCAUCACAAUACCAUCAGCCAAAGAUCCAGAAGCCAAAAUAAGACACCCUGGAAAAUCCUGCAUGACAAUACUGACUAUGGCAAAAUAUGAAUGGUUCGAGGAGUGGAAGGACACCACCGUCCGCAAAAGAGGCAACGAAUACUAUGACUACAAAAUGAGAUUUGCUAAUAAACUCUUUGACUGGGCCUGCACGGUGUUCCCUAAAAUCCGAGAGAAGCUGGUUUUCCAGGACGUGGCAACGCCGCUGACCAACACUCACUAUCUGGGUGCCCAGCGUGGAGCUAUGUACUCCGCUGAACACAAUGUGGAGCGCUUCCACGUGGAAGCCGUGGCCAGGAACAGGUGCAACACCCCUGUCAAAAACCUGUACCUCUCAGGGCAAGAUGUGUUCAGCUGUGGGAUAGCAGGCGCCCUGCACGGUGGCCUCCUCUGUGCUUCUACUGUGCUAAAUCACAUCGUCUACAUCAACUUACUCUUCAUCAAGAAGAAGCUGAAGAGGAGGAAAGCCAAAGAGCUGGCACAGAGGGCUCAGAAGAAACUGCAGUGAGAGUGCGCUGCUGCUUCUGCAGGAACAUGGUAAAAAUGCACCAGUUUAUGCUCUUCAUUUGCCCUGGGAGGUUUAAAUAUUCAUAAGAGAAAACAGAUGAAGUUUAGGGAGGAGUCUCCCAUGUGCCUUCUGGCAAAAUGUAGCUGAAAUUUCACGUCCUUCUUGGAUCGAGUGCACCAUGAAGCCGUAGAUCUAGUGAUGCAACAGAAAAAAGUUGCACUGUGCAGAUUCUCCAACCACAGCCACAGGAGCCUAUAAUGUCUUCAGAGCUGUCACUGGUGGCUUCCCUCACUAUUGUACUUCUUGCACGAUCAGUCAGUUUAACCACAGAGUACCAUACUGUUUCUAUUUCUGAAUGAUUGACGUAACUAGAUUCAGGAUAUAUUCAGUGACUUGGAAAUGUUCAUGUGCCAUCCACUGACUUGUCUAAAGUGACUGUUUGCAUCAAAAAGUAUCCUUAUAUUUAUUUGCCCAAUGACUAUGGGCUCUGAAAAUGGAGGGACUGUGUGUAAAAAUUGCUGUAAUUCUUAACAUUUUUGUAAAGCCCCUGAAAUUAAAGUUAAAAGUCAACACUACAAGAACAUCUUGAUUGUUUCAUUUCAGCUCCUUUGUGGUGACAUACAGAGGUAAAAUAAGAAGGAUUUUGUCCUGUCCAAAUAUACGGCUAAAAGUACGGUAAGCAGGGGAACACUUUGUUCCCCUACUUACUUUGAGCAGUGUACUUUUGGACCUGACUGUUGCUGUGUUCAAA